CACGUGUAGGUUACACUGGAUGUACCUCAGUUCGUAUCUUGACUUGGAUUUACUCUUCUCCUCAUCAUAAGCCUUCUGUCUGAAAUUGGGACAACAAUGUAAGAACGAAGCACAGCGCUCCACCCGAGUCGCUGAAGCUGAAGUCCCACCCCUCUGACCUUAUGAGCCCAGAUGACUUUGCAUGCCUUGCAGAUCAUCUGGAUAUGGGUCCAACACGUUCCUGACAUCCUCCCUCCCCCCUCCAUUGGUGUGAACACCACCUGGUGUUUCAACCUGAACUUGCUAGGAUCCAUCUGGCCAUUCUUGAACCACAGAGGCGACCUUGGUUUUGACCCAACAGGCAGAACACUGUUCAUUGGGACACACAACCAUGACAACAUCUUCCUUGCAAUUGCACCAUGGACCUUUGUUGAGGCCUCUAUAUUGAUUUGGGUGAAAGACUUGACAAGUACAGAGCCAUUGUGGAUUGGGUGUAGGUUGACACUGCAUUACUUGCAAUAUUCCCUUGUUGAUGCUGAUCAAGAUAAUAGCUCAAAACAAUCUUUCAAGGCAAUGCUAAACCUCCCAGAUGUCUGCUCCAUGCAUGACACAAUGCAGCUUUAUGAAUCUCAUUUCUUUACCAAUGCACCCAAAGAAUGGCAUGAUGACCCUUGGUUUGAGGAAUCAGUGCCCCUGAUUGUUUUGAUGAAUGCUCUUCCUGUGGCAAAAAUGCAGAACAUUGAUCCAGCUACCAUCCUAGAAGCACAUGACAUGAUAUUUGAUGAGAAUGAGCAAGAAAUUAUGGAUCUGGCCAGUCUUCCCUAUGAGGAAAGGGAUCAAGAUAUUUGA